AUGACAACGGCUGCACCGAAUACUGCUGGUGCCUGGGGCACCCUUGAAACACCUUUAAGCACUGAAAUCCUAGAUACCCUUGCAACAAUGGGAUUUGACACCAUGACACCUGUACAAGCAGGUGCUAUACCGUUAUUUAUGAAAAACAAAGACGUCGUUGUUGAGGCUGUUACUGGCUCAGGCAAGACACUCGCCUUUGUCAUUCCUAUUAUAGAAAAACUGUUACGACGAGAAGACCCACUAAAGAAAAAUCAGAUUGGUGCAGUUGUAAUUACGCCAACUCGAUGGUUUUGCCAGUUUCCUAACCCGGGAAACGUAUUUGAUAGUGAACUAGCGCAACAGAUUCAUUCAGUGUUUGACUUGUUUACUCGCGACCAUCCACGAAAAGAUCAGCUCACUGUUGGCCUUUUUAUUGGCGGCACGACAUCACUCUCACAAGACGUCGAACGAUUCCACAAAUCCGAACCACGGAUACUAGUCGGCACACCGGGUCGACUCGAAGAACUCUUGAAAAGCGGCAAACUCGUCAAUACGAAAGAACUCGAAGUCCUCGUCAUGGAUGAAGCCGAUCGAUUAUUGGAUAUGGGUUUCUCACAACAGCUAAGCAGCAUUAUCGCACAAUUACCCAAACAGCGACGCACAGGUUUGUUUUCAGCAACAAUGACCGAUGCCAUCUCAGAACUCGUUCGAGCAGGUCUCCGUAAUCCAGUCCGUAUCGUCGUCAAAGUGCAAGAUCUCGUACACAACCAGCAACGUACACCAAGCACGCUCCAUAUCAAUUACAUCGUAUGCGACUCCGAUCAAAAACUCCUUCAGCUUGUGCGAUUACUAGAAAACGAGACAGGACAAGAUCAGGGUGCACGGAAAUUCAUUGUCUAUGUCGCCACAUGCGCCUGCGUCGAUUAUUUCUACAAGCUGCUUUCCAAGUUAUUAAAGGAGCGCAUGCAGGUUUUUUCGCUACACGGACAGAUGGAUACAAAGCGACGGACGGCGACAUACACGAGUUUCACACAACUGCCCCCGGCUGCACCUGCUGUGCUUUUGUGCACAGACGUGGCAUCCCGCGGUCUUGAUAUUCCUGACGUGGACUAUGUCGUUCAAGUAGAUCCACCGCAGGAUCCCAAGGCAUUUGCACAUCGUGCAGGUCGUGCAGCACGUGCUGGACGACAGGGCCGUGCCACUGUCUUUUUGUGUCGUGGACGAGAAGAAGUUUACGUUGAUUUUCUGAAACUUCGUAAAGUGCCCAUGGUCCGUGCGCAAUACCGCCUUGCAGACAACACGACAGUUGAUAAUAAGCACACCGAGGUGGAUCCAGAGAGUGGCGAAGAGAAAAUCGUUUCGGAACGUGUAGAUCAAGACGACAGCAAUGUGGACACGUUCAUUCAAUCGCUUCGAAAAAUUGUCAAGGUAGAUCGCGAUAUGCAUGAUCGAGGCAUGAAGGCGUUCGUGUCAUGGGUCCGCUCCUACUCCAAGCACGAAGCCAGCUAUAUUUUCCGUAUAAAAGAUCAGGAUCUCGGUCGCGUGGCGACAGGAUAUGGUCUAUUAAAAUUACCAAGAAUGCCCGAACUUCGAGAUGCAAAGGAUGUUACAUUCAAAGCGGAAGAGAUGGAUUGGGACAAGUACAAGUACCUUGACAAGAAUCGAGAAGCAAAGCGGCAGCGAGAAGCUGCAAAACCACAGAAGCAGCAACCCGCUAAACCGAAAAAAUCAAAUGAAGCUUGGUCAGCAAAACGCGAUGCAAAAGCACGAAAAGUGGAUCGACGGACCAAGAAGGAUCGCAAAAAGGAAUUCUUGAAAAAACGAACGCAUGAAGAAAAGGAACAAGCAGAGGAUGAUAACGACGACGGAGAAGAUGACUGGAAUGAGUUAGCAAGGGAAGAGCGGAUGGCUAAAAGGGUCAAACGCGGUCGGAUGGAUCAAAACAAAUUUGAUGAAAUGUUUGCCGGUGAUAUGGACCAAGACGAAUAG